ACCGGUACAGUAAAGUGCCAUCCUCACCUACCUCCCCAUCCAACACCACAAACCAUCCCAUUUCCCUCCCAAACACACACCCCCUUCCACUCGCUCCCCCUUGUCACAGAACUAGGUCAGAUCCAAAGGGGAAAACAUCGCCAUGGAGGAGGAAUGGUCCGCCGACGCGAACGAAGCUAUAGAGCUAUCGCUCGUCUCGACCACCAGCGGAAAACCGAUAGCUACCUUCCAUCCGCAGUUCACCUAUGGGGUCUUCGGAGAAUCGGAAAACAUAUUCGGUUACAAGGAUCCGAACUUGCAAAUUUCGUUUGCGGCGAACGACAUGAAGUGUUGUCUGGAUAUUUCCUAUGAGGACAAGAUGGAACCGCAAGGCUCUGUUCAGGCGGAGGAUCUGGAGGCGAUCAUUACAGAGUUUCUUCCCGAGGGUAUGGUUUUAUUCUGGUCACUAUGGUGCGGAGAAAGUGGAGGAAUGGCGGGAGGAGGAAGAAGCUAACCUUUUACCUUAGAUUGCGAGAAAGACCUCAAGGAAUUCCAGACAAUAAUCCUCCAGCGUGAUGAUACAAAGUGGAGACCGCCCGGGGAUAAAAUCUCGGAAUAUUCCCUCAAAGGGAAGACCUACGAGGUCUGGCGCUCUACGAUCGACGAUCCGUACUGUAGAAGUAUUCUCAAGAACAUACAAAUCCUGAUCACUUUCUACAUCGAAGGGGGAACAGCGAUCGACCUUGAAGACGAAGAAUGGACCAACAAGCGCUGGGAAGUAUUCUUCUUGUAAGCUCCCCCUCCUCUCUCGCCUUCUUCCAUCGCCCGCGCUAACAGCCCCCCCAGAUACGAGAAAUCCGCCACCAACCACACCUUCAUCGGCUACUGCACCUGCUACCGCUACUAUCUCUACAACUCCAAAUCACCCGACACCAGCCGCAUCCGGAUAAGCCAAUUCCUCAUUCUCCCACCAUUCCAACACCAAGGCCAUGGCAAGAACCUGUACAACAGCCUGAUCACCCACUUUCUCACCAUAACCUCAAUCCGAGAAAUAACCGUCGAGGACCCCAGCGAGGCUUUCCAAAGUCUGCGCGACAUCCAAGACCUCCACCGCCUAAUCCCAGCCCUCACGCAAUCAAACCUGACCCCACAGUCAUUCUCCAACAAGUCAUUCCCCAGCGCGGAUAUCCGUACCCCGGCGAAGCUGCCCGUGCGCCAGUUUGCGCGCGUGUGCGAGAUGUUCAUGCUCCGGGGAAUUGAAAAGGGCGACGAGAAGAGCAUGAAGGCCUUCCGCUUACUGGUCAAGGCGAGGAUAUACAAGCAGAACAAGGAUGUGCUCGCGCAGCUAGAUCGCCUGGAGAGGAUUGAUAAACUGCACGAUACAUAUUUGCAUGUUGAGGAUGAGUACAAGGGUUUGUUGAUCGCUGCUCGGACGGCCCCCGUCGAAGAGGAGGAGAUGGAGGAGAUAGAAAUGGCGAAGAAACGUUCUGCUAAUGGUGAGGGGGGGAGAGCUUCUAAGAGGGUUAGAGUUGCGGAGUGAAACUACUGUAUUACCAACGCAUUUAGGACACCUUCUUUGUAGCCUUAGCCAUUCCUUCCCACCGUAGUGUAUCCUUCCAUCUUUCAUCUCUCUCUCUCUCUCUCCCUCUUUCUCCCCUUUAUAACUAACCUUCCCAUGGGAGAAGGGUAGUGAGCAACCGGUGACAUUCCUAUAUAUCUCUUUUUUUUUCCCUUUUUCUCUCUUUUUUCUUUCUCACGUGUACGUUUACGGCGCAUGGCUUGAUAAGAAGGUAAAUGGCUACCAAACAUUCUCAAACCCCUCUCAUCCUCCGAACUCCGAGUUUAACCCCUAUAUCAUAACAUCUCGUACCACCAUCCUAAGGGAACGACAGCGAUAACAAUCAACAUACAUACCAGCUUCCAAGUCCAGCGCAUCCCCCGUCAUUCCAAGACUAGAGCAUUCCCACAAUUAACCCCCGAUAUUCCCACAUUCACAACCGCUCCCAUAGCAGCACACACAUAUCAAUACCAACGAACCACCACAAUCACUACCGCACAGCAACCCCCACCACGAGUGAUGCCCCGUGAUGCACAGGAUGAUAUGACACAUGAGCACAGCGCAAGUGCGAACACUCCACCAUACCAAGUGAAAACACUCCAGAAAGCACAGCGCACGGCACGUAGACGAUCCCGCCAAAACAUGGAAAUGCACGAUAACCGCGAGAGGGCGAAUCAUGUAACAACACAAGUGAUGCCAGUACGGUACAAGUUCAAGCUUAGCAGCAGGCCUUAUAACGAAAACCAAAUAGGCAUGAUACAUAUCCCGAUAAAUCCAUCCAGAUGCUCACUUUUUUUUCCAAAGUAUCAUAACCGUCCACCCCGUUUGAGCUCCGAUGGAUAUCUGACGGGUAAGAAAACAUAUAUAUAUAUAUAUGCUGCCCCGGGACGGGAUUACCGGAAAUGUGAUGCGAAUAGAUGAUUUCGGUGACUUGAACUGCCACCGUCGGUAUCGUAUCACACGUGUCCUUCACUUCGCGCACGUACCGGUAUUGUUGGUAUUGUUCGGGGGGAGGUAAUUAGCGCGGAUGGUCGCGCUUGAUUAUGGGAAUCUGGUGUGAAUGGAU